CACGGUCUGGCCGCACACAGUAGCGAGAGACGACGCUGUGAGAGUGAAACAUGUACACCUACAACCCAGAGUACCACCAGGGUGGAGGGCUCCGGUCCAGCGGCAUACGGGAGAAACCACCACCCGGCCUACCCGGCCCCAUCACGUCGGCUCCCGUGGACAGGAAGGUGAUGGAGGUAGAGAUGAAGGAGAAGGGCCGCCCUGCGGAGCCUGAGGAGCCUGAGAGGGAACAGUGGAGCGCCAAGAUGGACUUCAUGUUGUCUAUGCUGGGGUACUGUGUGGGGCUGGGCAACGUCUGGAGGUUCCCCUACCUCUGCUACAAGAACGGCGGAGGAGCCUUCCUGAUUCCGUACCUGAUCAUGUUGACGUUCGCCGGCCUGCCGCUGUUCUUCAUGGAGCUGGCCCUGGGGCAGUACGCCAGUCUGGGCCCCGUCACCAUCUGGAGGUGCCUGCCUCUCUUCAAGGGUAUCGGCAUCGCCAUGUGCAUCAUCUCCGGCCUGGUGUGCAUCUACUACAACAUGAUCAUCGCCUGGUCCCUGUACUACAUGUUCGCGAGCUUCACCAGCAUGCUCCCCUGGCGCACGUGUAAUAACUGGUGGAACACCCCGAACUGCGUGGAGACCUCCGCCGUCGCCAACGCAACCAACAAGACCGAGAACUACACCCGCAUCAGCCCCAGCGAGGAGUACUUCCAUGAGCGUGUUCUGAAGUACUCCGUGGACCUGGGUAACGGGACGACCGUGCGGGGGAUCGAGCACACCGGCACCAUGAGCUGGGAGCUGGCGCUGGUUCUGCUGCUGGCCUGGAUAAUCGUCUUCGCCUGCCUGUGCAAGGGCGUCAAGUCAUCGGGCAAGGUUGUGUACUUUACGGCCACGUUCCCGUACAUCGUACUGAUCAUCCUGCUCAUCCGCGGGGCGAUAUUACCCGGGGCUAGAGAAGGGAUCAUCUUCUACAUAAAGCCGGACUUCAAUCGGCUCAAGGAUUCGCAGGUGUGGUACGAUGCAGCGUCCCAGAUCUUCUACUCCCUGGGAGUGGCCUUCGGAGGAAUCUUGGCCAUGUCGAGCUACAACAAGUUCAACAACAACUGUCACAGGGACGCUGUGAUCAUCGCCCUGUCCAACUGCGGCACCAGCGUGUUCGCCGGUUUCGCCAUCUUCUCCUACAUCGGCUACAUGUCGCACGAGCUGAACAUGCCGGUCGGGAAGGUGGUGGCCAGCGGAUCUGGUCUGGCCUUCAUCGCCUACCCUGAAGCCCUGACUCUCAUGCCGAUCUCGCCUCUGUGGUCCAUCCUGUUCUUCUUCAUGCUGCUGACCCUUGGCCUGGACAGUCAGUUCGUGAUGCUGGAGACUAUCGUGACCGCCCUGUCUGACGAGUACCCGACCUUGCUGCGGAAGAGCAAGACCUGGGUGCUGCUGGCCAUCUGUGUCGUUCUCUACCUCCUCGGCCUGACCCAGUGUACCCAGGCUGGAAUCUUCUGGCUGGAGAUGAUGAACUGGUACAGUGCCGGAUUCUGCCUGAUCAUCACCGCACUUUUCAUGGCCAUCGGAAUCUCCUGGAUCUACGGAAUCAAGCGCUUCAGCGCGGACAUCAAGGAAAUGAUCGGGUACGAGCCCAACAUCUACUUCAAGGCCUGCUGGAUGAUCAUCUCGCCAGGACUGAUGUUGUUUAUCUUCAUCUUCUCGCUGGUGCAGUACUCGCCUGUGGUGUAUAACGGCAUCGCGUACCCCAGCUGGGCAGUCACCCUGGGCCUGCUCAUGGCCUUCUUUUCCAUCCUCAUGAUCCCUCUCUUCGGCGUCAUCGAGGUGUUCAAGAACAAGGGGUCUUUCGCAGAGCGCUUCCGUAAGGCCAUCACUCCCGAUGAAAAGUGGGGCCCGGCCAUCAUCAGUGGGGAGCAGAAGGAGUGGAAGAGUACGGAGGGCCUGGACAACCCCGCCAGCACCAUCUACGACCCUGUGGCGAUGGAGAACGGCCGCACCGGCGACCAGCCGCCGCUGUACGACCCGCGCAGCAUCAACCGCUACCCGCUGUACGAUCCGCGGAGUCUGCAGCAGGACCCGAUCCGCAAUGGUGGGAGCAUCAACGAUACCUCCUACAGCUCCAGGCUGUAGAUACGUAAACAGCGCUACAAGAAGUCCAAUCUUUAAGCACAGAUUAAUUAAAGCAUGCGUAAAUGUUGACAAGAGUGAAAAGAAAAAGUUAACCUUUACGUAUCCUUUAAGGUGCGGUUAAGCACAGAUUAAAGCAUGCGUAAAUGUUGAGAAGAGUGGAAAAUGAACCUUUACGUAUCCUUUUAGGUGAGCUUAAGGAUUGGAUUUCGUGCAGGCAGGUCUGUGGAGUUAGAAAAUGUGUGUGGAUACGAUAGAAUAAGAUAGAGUAAAAGUUGCGAUCCAUCAAUU